ACUCAGCGCCGACGGCGUUUCGGAGCGAAAAGAAGAAAUUGAUUGAGCACAGGGAGCGCGCUUAACGGAUAGCUUCUGACGCUCGAGAAGAGCGAGAAGCUCUGCACACGAAUAGGAAACCGUUAAUCUGUCCUGCCGCACUCUAGGCUGUCAAAACAUCAACGAGACAUCCUUCGCCCCAGUCCGGCAAACGGAUUUCCUCCUCAAACCAAGUCCUGCGCGAGCCACAAGCGAGCGCUGCGCUUGAAGCAACAUUUUAUCACCGCUCACUCCAUCCCGCUAACGGCUCAGCCCGCAAACGGAAUACAGGGUGCUUCAGGUCACUUGUAAUAGAAUCUUCGAGACUGCACGUCUUUCUUUAAGUAAUCACUUCAUUGACAAAGUGGAGUUUAUCGUCUUUGGAAAGGAGUCGGUUUGGAUUAUACUCGCGCUUGGCGAGUUAAUUUCGCGCCCCUUUUUUGAGGACGUGUUCUUUCUGCCAUUUUUAGUGUGGAACAGCCUAUCUGGGGACUUUCUCAACGUUCUGGAGCAAAGAACGCUUAAAGAACAACUUAACGGAAAUCUGUGAAGUUUUUCGUAUUACAAUCUUUUCUUAUCAAGUGCGUAUGAUAUACAAUGUGUGUGGUGCUAGAGUCUUCGCCUCCCCUUUUCGACCAGAUUUAGUCCGUGUGGUCCCGGAGUAGAGGCUAGAUCGGUGUCUUCUCCCUCUCUCCUCUGUUCUCUUUCCCUUAUUUUCUCAAGAUGUUAUUUGUCUGUUUCUAUGGAAUAACUGGCCAGAAAAGCGACUGAACGACCCCGUGUCUUGUUUUCUCACCUCCGCCUGAAACUGACAGGCGGUUGAGGAUUGGCUCUUCUCCGGAGAAUGCUCAAUGAUCGAUGGGGAAUCAUGAACAGCUCAUCGGAACUCGAAGACGGACAGCGGGGCAAAAACCAGACAUUCUGUGAGUGUGUGCCCAACUCUUCUCAACUUAAACACCGCUGGUCAGACUCAGAUACAGUCAGACAAACAUCGCCCAAGAGGAUGAGUUGUAGCUACCUGCUAUGUACCAUCCUGCUCUUCGUUGCCGUGCUCCUCGCCGUCACAGUCACCGGAACCAUUCUUCUUAUGAACCACUACCAGGCUCCGCCCAUGUCGGAUGGACCGCCCCAUAUUAGCACCAAUCAGGAUGAAGCCAAUGCACUGGUAACAGUUGAGAGGGGCGAUGGAUCACGCAUCAAUAUUUUCAUCGACCCCAACUGCCCCGAUUAUAACAGUAACUUUCUUCGGCUGGAAGGCGUGCAGACGUCUUUGCUGCACUCGCUUACUGACCACGAUACAGAUCUGAAAUCUGUCAAAGGACAGGAUCGUGCGCUAUUGGUCAACUUGGCAGAGGAAGUCGCUAAGCUGUCUGCCCAUGCAGGACAGCUGAAGAUGGACUAUGAGUCGUUGAGAAGAGGACAGAACAACCUGGGACAGGACUUGAGCACACUGCAGACUGAACAGAGCAGACUUAUACAGCUGCUUUCCGAAAGCCAGAUUAACAUGGUGAAGGUUGUGAACUCCGUAAGCGAUGCUCUGAAUGCCAUGCAGAAGGAAACAGGUGGUCUGAAAGCCAGGGUGAAGGCUGACCUGCAGAGGGCGCCAGUCAGGGGUGUCCGCCUUAAAGGCUGUGCUAAUGGCUCUCGUCCACGUGACUGUAGUGAUAUAUAUGCUAGUGGUCAGAGGGAAGAUGGCAUCUACUCUAUUUUUCCCACUCAUUACCCUGCCGGCUUUCAGGUCUUUUGUGAUAUGAGCACAGAUGGAGGUGGCUGGACGGUGAUCCAGCGUAGAGAAGAUGGAUCUGUGAACUUCUUCAGAGAGUGGGACUCCUACAGAGAAGGAUUUGGAAAAAUCACUGGAGAGCACUGGCUGGGUUUGAAACAGAUCCACGCUCUCACCAUUCAAGGCAACUACGAGAUGCGCAUAGAUCUGGAGGACUUUGAGAACAGCACCGCGUUUGCGCAAUAUGCCGUGUUCGGAGUUGGAUUGUUCUCCGUUGAUCCAGAAGAUGACGGUUACCCCCUGACCGUCGCUGAAUACACUGGAACUGCAGGUGAUUCUUUGCUAAAGCACAACGGAAUGAAGUUCACCACAAAGGACCGAGACAACGAUCAUUCAGAGAACAACUGUGCCUCGUUCUAUCACGGCGCCUGGUGGUACCGCAACUGCCACACCUCCAACCUGAACGGUCAAUACCUGCGUGGACAGCACACCUCGUACGCCGACGGCAUCGAGUGGUCGUCCUGGACCGGAUGGCAGUACUCGCUGAAAUUCACCGAAAUGAAAAUCCGACCAACGCGUGAAGAGAGAGAGAGCAAGUAAACAGCGCCGCUACUAUGUGAAGAAGUACAAAAAUACAUGUUUAAAAGACCUUAAUAUGGAACAAUAUUGAAAACAGCAAGGAUGGUCGUUGUUGUUCAUCUGAAAGAAAGCUCGUGUUGAUUGCUUAGCACUUUCGUUGUCUGUUUUGUUUAUUCAUUUUUUGUUUAUUCAUUUGGCGGUAAACUCACGCUGUUGUGUGGCUGCUGUAAGCCCUCCAUGUGACAAUCUUUAAUCAUAUGACCCUGAAGUUUUCUGGAAACACACCCCAGCACUGACUCAGCUGUUUUGACAACAACCACAGUGAAUCAACCGUACCAUUAUCUAGGUAAUUCAUAAAUGGCAAAGACAUGGUGGAACGUUUCCUAACGUCAGUAAAGGGCUUUAUAUUAUUUUCAUACACACACCAUUUAUCCUUUAAAUGUAUUUAAUAUGUUAAACUCACCCCACAGACAUCUGGUAGAUGCAGCUGAUGCCUGCAUUUUCUGUACAUCUGCAAAACAUAUUUUUUGGAUUGCUAUCUAGUAGAUGUCUGUAAGAUGUUUCUGAUUUCGAAUGGAUGUAAAACUGCUCUUUCUAAGACGUUUAGCAGAUGUAUUCCAGACCUCCAGAUCUUUAGCAGACGUCUUACAGACGUACCUGUGCCACUUGGGACACAACCCAAAAUCUGUUUUUGAAAUAGAAGGCUAGUUUAAAUAUGAAAUAUGAGGAGAUUGCAGGAAACAAGCAUAAAAUGAGAGAGAGAGAGAGAGCAAGAAGUAGAGGAGAGUGAAGAGGUUUCUGAGGGAGUUUGUCUCUGUAAGCGGAGCUCAUCUGUCUGAUAGGGCAUUAACAAGCACAUUGGCCACUUUGUCUGAUCGCCAUUGCCAAGUGAUCAUCAUCCAGGCUCUUCAUCUCACACAUACACAGAAGGAGGCCGGCAACACAGGCAGAGAUAUAAGAAAAAUGCGAUGCCGUCCCCACGUCGCCAGAGUGCGUUUCUGACAGUUUAGUGGAGCUGGAGUGUUCUUGGGGAUCUUUUAUCGCCUUGACGUACUUGCUGAUUGAGUGUUUACUUACCAAACGUUCCCUCAAAGACACUCGUACAUACGUACAGUAGGGAAUGUGUUAUUUGCCCUUUGGACGGAGGGCGCGCGCAUACGUUGUUGAUUUAAAUGAGCUGCCCAACUCACCCAGAAUUCACUUUUAAAGGGGGGAUGCAAUGGUGUUUCAUGCAUUCUGACUUCUUUACAAUGUUAAACAUGCUGGCUUCUCAUCCUUAACAUGGUCAACUUGUCAAAAAACACUCCCCCAGCAUUUGUAUAGGUUUCAGAAAGUUUUUUUCGAACUUGAAAAUACGUUUCAUAACAACUUUUCUUAGUCCCUUAGUGAAAGUGAAGUGAAAGUGAAGUGAAAGUGACCUAUUAGUCAGAUAUGGUGACCCAUACCCGAAAUGUGACCUCUGCAUUUAACCCAUCCAGAGAGUAGUGAACACACACACAGCAAGUGGUGAACACACGUACACCAGAAGCAGUGGGCAGCUAUCACUGCAGCGCCCGGGGAGCAAGUGGGGGUAAGGUGCCUUGCUCAAGGGCACCUCAGUCGUUACCCGCCGGCCCUGGGAAUCGAACCCGCAACCUUCUGGUCACGAGACUCUCUAACCAUUAGGCCACGACUGCCCACUGGACAAUUAUUAUUGCCCCCUUAUUGGACAAUUCUACCAGAAAAGCAUGCCCACGUGUCAACCAAGGAGAGCAAGAGAAGGAACACGUCACUUUCACUUGUGUGCAGGAGAGAGCACUACGUUCGUGAAGUUCAGCUGUGUUUGUUUGUUCACUGCCUUUGGGUGAUGGAUGUUAUAUAAACGGUGGAUAUAAUGCUGGAUUUGGAGAUCGUUUAACACUGAUAGAUGGAGCGGUAGACGCACGCGGUAACAUUCCCCCAACCCCCCCCCCAGGCAUCGUAUGUUUUUGGAAAUAAUCAUACAGCUGUAUCGUCUUUUAUAAAUGUGAUCAAACUAAAGUUUCUACUGAUAUUUGAAGGGUACAAUACUAUUCUGUAAGUAAUCAAGAUUAACAUGAGAUAUGCAGAAAGUGUCGGAGUUACGGCCACUUUAAGUGUAAACACAGACACGUGUAUCAGUUUGCUCACUGCCUCCGGGUCACUUUCCAAAGGUCAGACGUCUCAGACCUGAAUAUUGUGCUUUUCCUCAAGUAUUGCUCUGCUCCCCUCACUUACAUCACUCACUUUCUCUUUGUACUUCUCAUCUUCUUCUCAUUUGUUCUACCUCCGCUCUCUCUCUCCUGGAGUUUGUUUUCUUUGGUUCCCCAUGGAAGUCGAAAAGGUCAGCGUGUCCUUUAAUACAAUUACGCUGCUCAUUGUUCUCACGUCUUUGCUCUUUUCUGACUCGUUCCUUUUCUCUCCUCUGUUCUUCUCUUAUUCAUCCCCCUGUAAACUGAAUUAUUCCCCAUUUUUGAUAAAGGUCCAUUUUCAUAAUGAUGACAGUUUCUUAAAUUGUGUAAUGGAGAAAUGUACACUGUUACUGUAACACGAUUAACACACUAACAAAUGUGUUUAUUUGAUUUGAUUUUUGGUUCAGCGUUCAUGUUGACUUGUGAAUGAACUGCAAGUUUGAACACUGAUUCCUUCAUCUUUUAAUUGAAGAUUUUCAUGAGCAGUUUUUGGCGUUUCCUUUAUAAAUGUACCAAGAGCUUUAAGAUAUGUGUAGAAUUUCAUGUACAGUGUGUGUUUUAGAGACGUUUAGCGCAUGUGAAAUGUUUUCUUACGGGAAAUUGACAAAAGUACACAAAUGAAUCGAUGUGAGACGUACAGGUGAAAUCCAUUGAUAAUGCUAGAAUGUAUCCACUGUCACAUGGCUGGGAUCUAAAGAGCUGUUGUGUCUGCCAGGAGCGAUGCUAAAGAACAUUUAAAGCUAUGAGCACAAAUAAUGAGCACAUUACUAGAGAAGGUAUACGGCAAUAUGACAGUAAAAGCAACAUUAGAGGAUGCCGCCGAGAAACUUAAAUGGACACUUGAAGACAGAGAGAGCUCUCGAUCCCCACACCAUCUCUUUCUGUCUCUGGAGUCCCAUCUGACCAUAUUGCUUAAACUACAAAGUCGCCUCUGUCACUCUGUGUCUCUGUUCAGUCCUUCGCCUUCUCUUUUGCACUUUUUCCCUCGUCUCAUUCUCUCAACUGUGAUUUCUUUCUCUCUUCCUGUGGAAUUACUCGGCAAUCAUUCGCUUUUCUUUGUCAUCGUUUGCUUCAGAGUUAACCAUGCCUGCCUGUUCAGCUGUCAAUAACAUUUCUUCAGUCGGUUGCCGUAGCAACCAUCCUCUGAACAAAAGCUAGCAGACUGAAGAAUGAAGGGAAAAGAUGUUAAAUGAUGUAACAAUGUCAGGAAAUUGAGAAAGGACAAAAGACCAGAAGAAACCAGGAGUGCACAUUAUAACAGGAAAGAUUAUUUGUAAUUGAGUGAGUGAGCGAGUGAGUGAUUGAGUGAAUGAAGCAAAAAAAAUAAGUGUAAAGAAGAAAAGUUAAUUGUUAUUUCUGUUAUUGGAUCUUCAUAUUGUGUGCGUAUUAAAAAAGUCAAUAAAUAACAUUGAAAUAAAUGGAUUUCUGCAAUGGCACUGCAUGGAUUUUGAGAUACAUCUUCUGUGCGUGUCUUUUCUGUAUCUUUGUGUUGUUUUUGUCUUUUUUUACAAAUGAGUCUUUGAUUGCAUGAACAAAUACUAAGUUAAGAUCUCAUUUUAAUGAUACAUCAGUGAUAACUGAGCGCUCCAGAAGGUGAGUCAGAUGGUAAUUCAGUAUUUGCCAAGACAGACUAUGUGAGUUUACAGAGUGUAUUAAUACAUUAAUACAUUAAAAGAACCAGUUAAAGUGACAGUUCACCCAAAAAUAAAAUUUCUGUCAUCAUUUACUCACCCUCAUGUCAUUUCAAACCUGUAUGUCUUUCUUUCCUCCACCGAACACAAAAGAAGAAAUGAGAGAAAAUUUGAGAAAUGUUGUUAACUGGCACCCACUCUCUUGCAUCGAUAUGAUUUUAAUGGUUGACUAACGAUUAACAAAGUUCGGGAGAAGCCGAUUGGUUCACAAUCAGCAAUCAUAGACUCUACCCUAUCAGCUCAAGUGAACCAGCACAUAAGUAGACAAAGAUUCUUACCUGAAGCCAUCUCUAAAGGAUUACACAUCCCACCACCUCCCCAGCUCCUCCACUUGAGCUCUUGUUGAUAGCAGGACUCCGGGGGUGAGUUCUGGGUUCGGCCGUUUCCAAGCUUGGUGCAGUCGCUCCUAUUGGGGGGCGGGAGCGUUCCGGGUUCGGAUGGAACCGGCGAGCUCAGAAUCCGCUCCCCGGACAGCACACCAAACACGCAUACUUUUUACCCCUGCUAUCUUCAUCAUCUGCUCAGGCGAACUCGUGAAAUUUGUUCGGUUACCAACAUUCUUCAGAACAUCUUCUUUUGUGUUCUGUGGACAGAGCCGUUUCUUGCUAUAUGCGGACAAUGCGGCUGCAUAGGGCCCCGCAGCCACCAGGGGGCCCCCAAACUGCAAGUUCAGCCUCAUAUUUUAUUAUAUUUUGGAGAAUUAAAAGUACCUGUCUUUAUUUGCAUGUAUUGCAUGCAUUCAUUAUGCAUUCAUUUGCAAAGCAUGUAAGUGUUCAUAGGGUAAAAUCAUGUCAAAAUCACCUUUGGGCUGGGCUGUCACGUGGUAAGUGACGUCUGCCGACAGGUCUGACGGGAUGAUUGACAGCCGCCCACCUUCCACUGAAGUGAUGAGAAUAACGGUAGACACUAAUUACAAUGUCAUCGAAACGUACUUAUGCGUCUGGUGCAGAGAAACGCAAAAAGAAGAAAACCGAUGAAGAAAAACGAUCACAGGAUAAAGGUAAGGCAUUUGAUGUGGGUGGAGGGGUCACAUAAUGCCAACUUUUGAACAAGUUAGUUUGCUACUUUUGUCAUGCUGGCUAGCUCAGCUAGCCUCAGAUAAAUGUGAGCUACCUCAGCUAACGGGCUAUGAUUGUUUGUUUGUAUGUAAAUAAAGUCAGCUUUAUCCAGAGUUUGCUUUACAAAAAGGCUCAAAUAAAUGUGUCACAAGCAUAGACCUCUGUGCUACUAUUUUAUAAAUAAAACCAAUUAUUAUCAGACUGAUUAUUGUUACUUUUAGUAGUAGUAGUAGUAGUAGCAGUAUAGCAGUGGAUUAUUCAUAUAGCACUAUGAAUUUUAAAUGUGCUAUGAAAU